ACACUCCGGGCACAACACUCGGAGCUCCUGCGUCAUUAGUGCGCGUCAGACAGAGGAAACGUGGGGAGAAGUGGAGCAAAAACCGGAGAGAAGAGUCUCCACGUGAAUCUGUGUGAACAUGGCGUCCAUUCAAGAACCAGAGGUCCAGUUCGCACAGAGAUUAGCUUCUAACGAGAAGCCCAUCCGGAGCAAGGCGAUGAAGAAACUGAGGAAAUAUAUUAAUGUCAGGUCGCAGAAAGCGGCAGGUGGAUUCACAGCUGACGAGCUGCUGAAGCUGUGGAAAGGUCUGUUCUACUGUCUGUGGAUGCAGGACAAACCGCUGCUGCAGGAGGAGCUCUCCAACAUGAUCUCCAGUCUGAUCCACAGCUUCCACGGUAUCGACGCACAGUUCUUGUACCUGGAGAGCUUCCUGCAGACCUUCAAAAGAGAGUGGACGGGUAUCGACCGGCUGCGGAUGGACAAGUUCUUCCAGCUGGUUCGCUUCAUGUUCAGACAAACGUUUGAGAUACUGAAGAGGAAAGACUGGGAGAGCAGUGCGGUCGGCAGGUUUCUGGAGCUGCUGACUGUGCAGCUGCUGCAGAGCGACAGCGGAGCUCCCAGCGGGCUGCAGUUCCACAUCCUGGACCUCUACAUGACUGAACUGGCCACUCUGGGCUCAGCAGAGCUCGACGCUGAUCAGAACCUGAGAUUCAUCGAACCGUUCUGCAAAACAGCAGCUAAAACCAAAGAUCGGACUCUUUUCAGAGCGAUCUGCAGCAGCAUCUUCAGCACCAUCAUCGACCAGGCUCCCUACGCCAUCGAAGACUUGAUGAAGGAGCUGAAAGCAGCCGAGGCCUCGGACUCGGGACAGGCUUCUGAGGAGGAGGAGGAGGAGGAGGAUGAAGAGGAUGAAGACCAACUAAAAGAGAAAACGACAAGCAAACUCGUCGGCAAGAAAGGAGCCGGGAAGCAGAUCAAUGGUCGUAAAUCACAUGAAGAAGAUGAUGAAGAUGAUGAUGGUGAUGAUGAUGAUGAUGAAGACGAGGAUGAUUUUCUUCACCUGGAAGACUCAGACACAGAGCUGCCGUGUGACGAUGACAUGGGACCGGUUCUACAGUUCGAUUACGCCGCUCUGGCUGACAAGCUGUUUGCUUUAGCGAGCCGCAGCAGCACACCGAGCUACAACCGACAGAGACUCUACAAAAUCAUCAAAGUACUGCGGGACCUCAGUGAAGGCGUCUUUCCUCAGGAUGAGUAUCCGGAUGAGGUCUCCACAGACGAGGAUGACGACAUGUUUGGAAGCAGGAAGAGGAUGAAGAGGGGAGGAGGCCACACGGAGGAGGAUGAGGAGGAGGAGGGAGCCCCAGCAGCCAAGAAAAGAAAAGGGAAGAAAAAGGAGGCGCUCAAACGAAGUAAGGACUCUGGAAAAGACGACAGCGAAGCAGCAGACGUGACCUCUAAUGAUGACGACAAAAAGAAGAAGAGGAAGAAGAAGAAGAAGAAGAAGAAAGCAGGACAGGCUGUAGAGCAGACUGCGGCUCUAACUCAGAGUACAAAUAAAGAGACUGAAGCACAGACGCAAAACUCCGUCUCAUCUGUUAAAGUCACAGAAGCAGCGACACCGGACGGCCAAUCAGAAACUCUGCUGCUCGUGGAGGCAAAGAAACAACCAGCAGUUACAGUCACAGAGCCGGAGAUGUCUUCUGACGCUGACGCCGCCGACGCCUCGGGGAAGAAAAAGAAGAAGAAGAAGAAGAAGGCCCUGAAGGCUGAGAAGAAGAUGGAGGAAACUGAGGCUGAGAUCAUGUCAGUCGGUAGUACAGUUAAAGAGACUGAAGCAGGUUCACAAGCAGACGAUUUAGAGAAGGAAGCACAGACACAAAACUCUAUUUCAACUGUUAAAGUCACAGAAGCAGCGACGCCAGACGGCCAAUCAGAAACUCUGCUGCUCCUGGAGGUAAAGAAACAACCGGCAGUUACAGUCACAGACGAGGACCAAUCAGAAACCCUUUCAAAGAAGAAGAAAAAGCGGCAGACUUCAGAGCUCAAACCUGAGGCAGCAGGUGAGCAGCAGACCGCUGUUACCCAGGAAGUAGCAGCUACAGCGGGGACGCCAGAGCCGGAGAUGUCCUCUGACGCCGAUGUCGCCGCCUCGGGGAAGAAAAAGAAGAAGAAGAAGGGGCUUGAGGCUGAAUCGCAGGUGAAUGCAGAAGCAGAGACUGAAGCUACAACCCCCGCCAAGAGGAAGAAGAAGGGCCUGAAGGCUGAGAAGAAGACAGAGGAAGCUGAGGCUGGAUCACAGGUGACCGACUCUGAGAUCACGCCAGUUGGCGAAGAAGCAUCACAAGAUACCGCCGCAGUACCGCUUAAAAAGAAGACAAAGAAGAAGAGCAUGCAGGCUGUGGAAACAGAUCAAACACCUGAAGACACAACACUUGAAUCUUCAGCCGCUGCAGAUCAAAGUGCUGCAACACCACUGAAGAAGAAAAGGAAAAAAAAUCUAAAAGAAUCCAAGUCUGCAGCGCCAGUGGGAGAAGAAGAAGAAGAAGAAGCGGCGGCGGCGACAGAAACCCCUCAGGUGGCGGAAGAAGAAGAGAAACUGCUGCUUGAUAUCACCACGACAACACCAGCGAGGAAGAAGAAAAAGAGUCAGAAGCAGGCGGCUGGCGGUGUAGACGAGGAGGAUGAAGCUGAGGCGGCGCCUUCCUCCGGGAAACCAACGAAGAAGAAGAGGAAGAUCCCUGUGACGUUUGAGUAUGAGGCCGAUGAGAUGGAGGCGGCUACAUCGAUCAACGGCCUCGCAGAAGAAGCGACGGAUGUUGAAGAGCCGUUCACGCCUCUCAGCACUAAAAAGUCACAAAAGAAGGCGAAGACGUCGUCAGGAUCAGACUUUGUCUCCUUUCAAAACAAAGCUGCAGUCCCGACGCCGCUGUUCUGCAGGACCAAGGGAAGCCCCGCCACCCCGCUGUCCAAGAAGAAGAAGAAGAGCCAAACUCCCAAAUCAGAAUCCAAGAAGGUGACCUUUGGCCUCAAGAAUAAUAAGACAGCUGAGUUUAGGAAGACCGAUCGCAGCCUGCUGGUGAGUCCAGACGGGUCGUCACGAGUGCCCUUUGACCCACAACAGAAACCCAAGUGUGGGGUGUUGAAGUCUCCUCCCACGCUACGCUCCGCCAGCGUCAAGAACACCCCCAACAGGAAGAAGAGCUUGACGACUCCGAAGAGCACGCCUAAACGCCGACCGUCCGCAGCCGACUUCUUCUAACGUCUCACGCUUGAUGGACUGUAGAUGCGGAUGUAAAUCUCUCUGAACUCUUUCGUAACAGACUGGUUUAAAACAUCCUGUUUUUGGAGAGAUAUAUAAAAGUAUUUUUAUGUUUAUCUGAUGCGAUUUGCCUCUUUGAGUGACAUUUUAAUAAAGUUACUCAAUUUCA